AAAGCCACAAAACAAAAUUAAAAAUCACAAUUCACAAAAAUCAUUCGUCAUGGCCGCUAACCUACAGAGCGUUGAAUCUUUAUUUAAAGAAUUAAAAGCAGAAUGGAGUAAAAAACCAAUUAAUCUGCCAAAAUGCGGAACAUUGCUGGACAAUUUGAAGAUUGCUUUGACAAAAUUGUCCUACUUGCCAACAGGAAACACAAAGACUCCUAAGGCAGAAAUGAUCCUUGCUCGUGAUGUUCUUGAAAUUGCUGUCGAGUAUAGUGUCAAGACAAAAGACAUACCGGCAUUUGAAAGAUAUAUUUCCCAAUUGAAGUGCUAUUACUAUGAUUACAAGCAAGAAAUUGGUGAAUCGGUCAAUAAUUACAAACUAUUAGGUCUCAAUUUAUUGUUCCUCUUAUCAGUCAACAGAGUUUCGGAAUUUCAUACAGAGCUUGAGCUUUUAUCGGCUGAAACUAUCCAAACCAAUGAGUUCAUUCGCCCAAUUUUAGCUCUGGAACAAUAUAUUAUGGAAGGCCGCUACAACAAAAUAUUCCAAGCAAAAAAUAGCGCCCCCUCUGAUAUAUACAACUAUUUUAUGGAUAUGUUACUGGAAACAGUACGCAACGAAAUCGGUGCAUGCAUUGAGAAAUCUUACGAGAAAAUUUCAAUUAACGAAGCAGCCAAACGUUUGAAUCUGAAACCACCAACCGAAGUCAAGGCUUUUGGAGCCAAACGCAACUGGGUCCUUAAUGGAGAGAUUUACAACUUCGUUGAUAAAACAGCGAAACCUAAAGAAGCAUUACCAUCCGUUGAAUUGGCCGAACAGGCAAUAUUCUAUGCCCGAGAGCUCGAAAUGAUAGUCUAAAAUUUGCUUAAUAAACAAUAAAUAUUACAUAUA